UAAUUUAAAAAAAAAAAAAAAAAAACGUAAGGCAUUCUAAGAUUCGAAAGGAAAGCAAGGAGAGCCCUCCUUGGCCGUGAGCCCAAUUCGCCUGCUAAUAACACUUUUUUGGACGACCAAAUCUCCACGGCGACCCGAUUCCGUACCACCCACCGAGACUCUCCGAUCCGACCCAUCAACCUCCGGGCCACGUCACUAUCUCCGGUCAAUUACUCUCACCGGCCGAUCACACUUGGAUUCGAUCCCCCACUGGAUUGCCGAUCCCCCACCCAAGAAAUCCCCAAGCUCCUCGCGUGCACAGUCGCUGCCUGUGCACAGUAAAAGAAAAAAAAACCGAAUCACCAGCUUACGACGACGCAACCACCACUGGCUUUGCUGAGAUCCGGCGUCAGCUUUGUUGAAAAGGUCAUACAGGUACUACUACCAUAAAUAUAGGAAGUGAUAUUGAAGAAACCAAUGGGAACUGAAAAUCCUGGUCGUCCAAAUUUUGCCGCAAGACCUGUAGCUGCACCUUAUGCAGUCACUCCAACUAUGACACCUUUUUCAUCUGGUCCUGUGGUUGGAACCAAUCAACCUGGUCCCAGACCUACUCCACCAAUAAUUCCCCAGUCUACAACACCUUUUUCAUCACCUAGGCCUGCGGUUGGCACAGAUGCCUCUGGCUUUAGGCCUACUCCACCAGUUGCUCCACAGAGUACCAUGUCUUCAUUGUCAUCUGGGCCUCUAGUCUCCGAGGCCUCUGGUUUUAGACCUCCUCCACCAGUUAGGUUCAAUGAUCCUUCUGUGCCUCCUCCACCAACAUCUAAUGCCCCACCGUCUGUUGGACCUUUUUCACGCUUUCCAACACCCCCACUUCCCUCAACUACUCAAGCAUUCCCUUCGCGUGCUCCACCGAUAGGUCAACCGCCAUUUCAACCUCCUGUAAGUCAAGGUUUGUCACCACCAGUUCCAUUUCGUCCACAGCAGCAGAUACCUCCCGUGCCAAUGGGGUCCCCUCCUCAACAUGUAAAUUAUGCAUCAUCAAAUGUAAAUGCUCAGCUUCCAUCAGAUCCAUCAUUUCCAGCUGCCAGGCCUAAUCUCCAGCCUUUCUUACCUGGAUAUGCCCGUAAACAAUCUAGUGCAGAUCCACAAGUUCAGCCUCUCCAGUCUCCAUAUCUAGCUAAUCAAGGAGGCAAUUUCCCUGCACCACCAAUGGCAUCAUCCCCUUUUGUUGGUCACCAAGGAGGUUAUGUUCAAUCUCCAUCUGUUGCAGCUCCUCUGGGCUUGCAGUCAAUGCAGCAUCCGGGCGCUGCACCUCCUACUGGUGCUAUCCAAGGCUUGGUGGAGGACUUCAACUCACUUUCUAUUGGAUCUAUUCCUGGAUCAAUUGAAACAGGAGUUGAUUUUAAAACACUCCCGAGGCCAUUGGAUGGUGAUGUUGAGCCAAAAUCAUAUACUGAAAUGUAUCCUAUGAACUGCAAUCCUAGAUAUUUGCGGCUUACUACCAGCGCAAUACCAAGUUCGCAGUCCUUAGUUUCGAGGUGGCACUUGCCUCUUGGAGCUGUUGUUUGUCCACUUGCAGAAGCACCUGAUGGGGAGGAAGUUCCAGUAAUUAAUUUUGCUUCUACUGGCAUUAUUCGCUGUAGAAGGUGUCGUACAUAUGUGAAUCCUUAUGUGACAUUUACAGAUGCUGGAAGAAAGUGGCGUUGCAACAUUUGUUCUUUACUAAACGAUGUUCCUGGUGAUUAUUUUGCCCAUUUGGAUGCCACUGGCAGAAGAAUUGAUCUGGAUCAGCGACCUGAGCUUACACAGGGUAGUGUGGAAUUUGUUGCUCCAACUGAAUAUAUGGUGCGACCACCUAUGCCGCCACUGUAUUUUUUCCUCAUUGAUGUUUCUAUAUCUGCAGUUAGAAGUGGUAUGAUUGAGGUUGUGGCCAAAACCAUCAAAUCAUGUUUGGAUGAUCUGCCUGGCUUCCCUAGAACACAAAUUGGAUUUGCAACUUUUGACAGCACAAUACAUUUUUAUAAUAUGAAGUCAUCUUUGACACAGCCCCAAAUGAUGGUGGUUUCAGAUUUGGAUGAUGUAUUUGUGCCAUUGCCAGAUGAUCUCCUUGUUAACUUAUCAGAAUCAAGAAGUGUGGUGGAUGCAUUCCUAGAUAGCUUGCCUACCAUGUUUCAGGACAAUAUAAAUAUUGAAUCUGCUUUUGGUCCAGCUCUUAAAGCGUCACUCAUGCUUAUGAGCCAACUUGGGGGGAAAUUGUUGAUUUUCCAAAACACACUACCCUCUCUUGGUGUUGGCCGCUUAAAGUUGCGUGGAGAUGACCUUCGUGUUUAUGGGACAGAUAAAGAGCAUGCACUAAGACUACCAGAAGAUCCAUUCUACAAGCAGAUGGCUGCAGAAUUUACCAAGUUCCAGAUAGGGGUUAAUAUAUAUGCAUUCAGUGACAAGUACACUGAUAUAGCAUCAUUAGGUACUCUGGCAAAAUAUAGUGGAGGUCAGGUAUAUCAUUAUCCAAACUUCCAAUCUGCCACUCAUGGAGAGAAAUUGAGACAUGAGUUAGCUAGAGACCUCACUAGGGAAACUGCUUGGGAAGCUGUCAUGCGUGUACGAUGUGGAAAAGGAGUUCGCUUCACAUCAUAUCAUGGGAACUUUAUGCUAAGGUCCACCGAUUUAUUAGCGCUUCCUGCUGUAGAUUGUGAUAAAGCAUUUGCAAUGCAGAUGUCUCUUGAAGAGACUCUAUUAACUACUCAGACGGUGUAUUUCCAAGUUGCUUUGCUAUACACGGCAUCUUGUGGUGAGAGACGUAUUAGAGUACAUACAGCAGCAGCCCCAGUGGUGCAAGAUCUUGGAGAGAUGUAUCGUCAGGCUGAUACUGGUGCUGUUGUCACCCUGCUUACUAGGCUAGCAAUUGAGAAAACAUUGUCCCACAAGCUGGAAGAUGCUCGAAACGCUUUGCAAUUAAGAAUCAUCAAAGCUCUCAAAGAAUAUCGAAAUCUGUAUUCUGUGCAACAUCGAUUGGGAGGGAGGAUGAUAUAUCCAGAAUCUUUAAAAUUCUUGCCUUUGUAUGCAUUAGCUCUUUAUAAAUCAACACCUCUCCGUGGAGGAUAUGCCGAUGCUGCACUCGAUGAACGCUGUGCAGCAGGUUACACAAUGAUGACUUUGCCGGUUAAAAAAUUGUUGAAGCUUUUGUAUCCUUGCUUAAUUCGACUCGAUGAGCAUCUUUUGAAGUCACCUGCUCAUGACGGCCCCAAAAGUGUUGAGAUAAGGUUGCCAUUGGCUGCUGAGAGCUUAGAUCCCAGGGGCCUUUAUAUAUAUGAUGAUGGUUUUCGUUUCAUUUUAUGGUUCGGUAGAGUACUUGCACCUGAUAUAGCUAUGAAUUUACUUGGGCCAGAAUGUGCUGCAGAAUUGUCAAAGGUUUCCCUUACUGAGCGUGAUAAUGAAAUGUCAAGGAAGCUAAUGAAGAUUCUCAAGAAAAUGAGAGAAAGCGACCCCUCAUAUUAUCAAUUAUGUCAUCUCGUAAGACAAGGUGAACAGCCUCGAGAAGGCAUUCUUCUCCUUUCAAAUCUUGUUGAGGACCAUAUGGGAGGCACCAAUGGCUAUGUUGAUUGGAUUCUACAACUACACCGACAAGUCCAGCAAAACCCAUAAGGUAUGCUGAUUAGCCCCGUGGACUGUUCUUCUUUUACGUCAAGUUAGCACAGGGUGUUAUCAAAGCUUGUUCCAUGGCGCAUCUGUAAAAUGCUGGAGCAUUUCCUUGCAUGUCAAGAAUAAUUUCUGAUUCAACAAUGGUGUCUUCUUGAGGAGUGUGGUCGAUUGAGUUGAACUGGUAGCCGUACGGAUAUUUUAAGAUAAGUUGCCAAUUCAUGGCAAGGAAAAAUAACUAGGGGAGAUGUACUUUUAGUGGUAUAAUUUUGUGCAUCAGUCUUUAUAUUUGAGAAAUACAGAGAAAAAAGAAAUUUUUGUUCACAUUAUUGUCACGACUUAUUGGUAGCAAUUUUUCCCUAUUUGUGUUUUAUUCCAUUCUGAUUGUUUUUUAGCAGGAGAUAGAAAAUAGCUGUUUUACAACUUUUUUUGCUUGAAUACUUGAAUACUUGAAUUUGGUUCUGUAACAAUCGUAAUGUAAUUCUGAUAUUUGAAGA